ACGCUGCACCCUCUCUCAAUAAAUGCGUUUGCAUCCAUCCGCUCUCCACUCCCCCAGCUCGCAAUAACUCCUUCCUCCCCAUCUCCACAUUCUCCCAUCUGCCGUUCCCCUUCCCCCCUCCAAACCAUGGCGUCUUCUUCUUCCUCCUCCCCGAGAUCUCGCCGUGCUCCUUCUCCCGCCUUCUGCUAGCUGCGUGCGAGCACGGCCGGACCGCUGGUUUCCGCGGCUUCCUGCAUGCGAUAUCGCCGACAAUCUUUGGAAGAAGGGCAUCAUCACAGGCCGGGAUCGAAGAAUAUGAAAGCUGAUGAUAGAGAGCACGAGCUAGGGUUUGGGAGGCACUAGCUAGGACCGUGUGCUGCCAUUGUUCAUGACGCCGGCGAGGCGCAUGCCGGCGAUGAUCGGUCGGAAUGGCAUGGCGUUUGGGUCCUCGUCGGCGCUGUCUUUAAGCCAGGCUGACCUCCUAGACAGCCAUCACCUGCAGCAAGCGUUCCAACAGCAACUCUUUGAUCAGAUCCCAGCCACCGCAGUGGAUAGCAGCGACAACAUCAUCCAUGGUCGCUCCGACACGCUGGUAGAUGAAUUUGAGAGCAAGUCCUGCAGUGAGAAUCCUGAUGGCACCUCUGGCGAUGAUGGCCAGGAAGACCCCAACCAGCGGCCAAACAAGAAGAAGCGGUAUCACCGCCACACCCAGCACCAGAUCCAAGAGAUGGAGGCGUUCUUCAAGGAGUGCCCACACCCGGAUGACAAGCAGAGAAAGGAGCUCAGCCGGGAGCUCGGCCUCGAGCCACUGCAGGUCAAGUUUUGGUUCCAGAACAAGCGCACACAGAUGAAGAACCAGCAUGAGCGGCAGGAGAACGCGCAGCUGCGCGCAGAGAAUGACAAGCUGCGAGCUGAGAAUAUGCGGUACAAGGAAGCACUCGGCACAGCCUCCUGCCCCAGCUGUGGCGGCCCUGCCGCCCUCGGUGAGAUGUCCUUUGACGAGCACCACCUCCGUCUCGAGAACGCUCGCCUCCGUGAUGAGAUUGACCGGAUUUCGGGCAUCGCUGCCAAGCACGUCGGCAAGCCCAUGGUCUCCUUCCCGGUGCUCUCCAGCCCACUUGCUGCUGCUGCCGCCCGAUCCCCACUUGACCUUGCUGGUGCCUACGGCGUCCAGCCUGGUGGCCUCGGUGCCGACCACCUAUUCGGUGUUGGAGCUGGUGCCGGUGAUCUGCUGAGAAGCGUGUCAACCGGCCAGCUCGACGCUGACAAGCCCAUGAUUGUAGAGCUGGCCGUUGCUGCCAUGGAUGAGCUCCUCCGAAUGGCGCGGCUUGAUGCGCCGCUGUGGGGUGGGGGCGUGGCAGGCGUGCAGCUGGACGAGGAGGAGUAUGGCCGGAUGUUCCCGGGUGGGCUCGGGCCGAGGCAGUACGGGCUUCGUCCGGAGGCAUCUCGAGACAAUGCCGUCGUGAUCAUGACACGCGAUAGCCUUGUUGAGAUACUCAUGGACGCGAACCGAUUCGCUGCAGUGUUCUCAAGCAUUGUGUCGAGGGCUUCUACACACGAGGUGUUGUCAACUGGUGUGGCAGGGAGCUAUAAUGGUGCAUUACAAGUGAUGUCAAUGGAGUUCCAGGUGCCAUCACCACUGGUGCCGACGAGGGAGAGCUACUUUGUGAGGUACUGCAAGAACAAUCCCGAUGGAACGUGGGCUGUUGUUGAUGUCUCGCUCGACAGCCUCCGUCCUAGCCCUGUUAUGAAGUGCCGGCGCAGGCCAUCAGGAUGCCUUAUCCAAGAAAUGCCCAAUGGCUACUCAAAGGUGACCUGGGUGGAGCACGUUGAGGUUGAUGACAGAUCAGUGCACAAUCUCUACAGGCCUUUGGUCAAUUCAGGCCUCGCAUUUGGUGCAAAAAGGUGGGUUGGCACACUGGACCGACAAUGCGAGCGCCUUGCCAGUGCCAUGGCCAGCAACAUCCCCAACGGCGACCUCGGUGUGAUCACAAGCAUAGAGGGGAGGAAGAGCAUGCUGAAGCUAGCUGAGAGGAUGGUGGCGAGCUUCUGCGGCGGCGUGACAGCAUCUGCCGCACAUCAGUGGACAACAUUGUCAGGGAGUGGUGCAGAGGACGUCCGUGUUAUGACCAGGAAGAGCGUGGACGACCCGGGCAGGCCGCCGGGCAUCGUCCUCAAUGCCGCCACCUCCUUCUGGCUACCCGUCCCACCCAAGAGGGUCUUUGAUUUCCUCCGCGAUGAGACCUCUCGCAGCGAGUGGGACAUCCUAUCCAACGGUGGUGCUGUCCAAGAAAUGGCUCAUAUUGCCAACGGCCGGGACCAUGGCAACUGUGUCUCCCUUCUUCGUGUCAAUAGUGCAAACUCGAACCAGAGCAACAUGCUGAUCCUCCAGGAGAGCUGCACCGACGCAUCUGGCUCGUAUGUGGUGUACGCACCAGUGGACGUGGUGGCAAUGAACGUGGUGCUCAAUGGCGGGGACCCAGACUACGUGGCCCUACUGCCAUCGGGCUUCGCUAUCCUCCCCGAUGGACCACCCGGCAUGGCUCCCCAUGGAGAGGGUGCCGCCUUGGAGACUGGCGGUGGUUCCCUCUUGACGGUGGCGUUCCAGAUCCUGGUGGACUCCGUGCCUACUGCAAAGCUCUCCCUGGGCUCUGUAGCAACUGUGAACAGCCUCAUCGCCUGCACCGUGGAGCGCAUCAAGGCUGCCGUCUGCGUGGAAGGCAACCCACAGUAGCCUUCCAUCCAUAUGAUCUCGAGGAGGGGGGCAGCAAGGUUUUGGGGAAAUAUUAGUGGGGAGUCAAGAACGCACCUCAGACUCUCCUUGCCAUGUGGUGCUCAUACUGCAAGCGAAAAUUCAGUUCGUUAGGAAAAAGAAGGCGUCACCACUAUGCAAGGGGGGAUGGUUCGGGUAUUGACUUCCCCGUUGAUCAAGUCUACUACAGAAAGGAUGCUGCGGAGAAGAUGCUGUUUCUGGAUCUCUUUCAAUAUUUUUAGGGUUUCCAUUUGCUGCUGUGUACUUCGUCAUGUUCGUGGUGUCGCCGUUGUUCAGGCUAAGGUGCCUGUGCCUGCUCGUAGCUAGAGAACAGAGAUUUGUUGCGUCUUUUUUUUUUUGGAUUUGCAAAGAUUUGUAGAAUCUAGGAUCAAUCAUUUCAUAACCAAUGCUUGGCUAAAACGUGCCCGUUGUUGUUUGUAGCUUUUUGCUAUUUAAAACGAUGCAAUUUCAAUCUCUGAGUUGCUAGCUUCUUGUUUUCAGAGAAAUUUCAAAACGAAAAGAGCAAGGGUUUCCAUC